AUGUUGUUGUUCUUGUCAGUGCCGCAGCCCCGACCGCCGGGAGCUCGAACCCGAGCCGGGGCGGCCCGGCUGGUGCGGUGGCGGCGGCUGCGGCUGCGGCUGCAACAGCUGCGACGGCUCCGGGGUCUGCUCCGGGGACUGCGGGCGCGUCCGGGGGCCGGCAGCCGGCGGCGGGAGCGGAUGGCUCUGUGCGGGCAGGCGGCGGGCGCCGCGUCGCUGCCCAGCGAGCUGAUCGUGCACAUCUUCUCCUUCCUGCCGGCGCCCGACCGGCUGCGGGCCUCGGCCUCCUGCUCGCACUGGCGCGAGUGUCUCUUCUACCCGGCGCUGUGGCCGCAGCUUCGCAUCUGCCUCCGCGUCUCGCCCGCCGAGCAGCCCCGGCUCGAGUUCCUCAUGCGCAAGUGCGGCUGGUUCGUGCGGGAGUUGCGCGUUGAGUUCGCCGCGGAGAAUUACCUGAGCGGAGGCGGCGGCCCGGGCGACGGAGGGGGCGCGGCGGACGCGGGCACCGGAGGGGAGGACGGCGAGGCCCUGCAGCUGUCCUCGCGUUGGCUGGAGGUGCUGCGCAUCUACUUGGAGCUGGUGCUGUGCGUGCUGGUCAGCAUCCGCAACAACAGGAACCUCCAGAAGUUUAGUCUUUUUGGUGACAUAAGUGUUCUACAACAGCAAGGAAGUCUGUCAAAUACAUACCUCAGCAAAGUGGACCCUGAUGGCAAAAAAAUUAAACAAAUUCAGCAGCUAUUUGAAGAAAUACUGAGUAAUAGUAGGCAACUGAAGUGGCUAUCCUGUGGGUUUAUGCUGGAAAUAGUAACCCCAACAUCACUGUCAUCUCUUUCCAACUCGAUUGCCAGCACCAUGGAGCACUUAAGUUUACUGGACAAUAAUAUUCCUGGUAACAGCACUCUUAUCACUGCAGUUGAACUAGAACGAUUUGUGAAUCUGCACUCCCUUGCCCUGGAUUUCUGUGACUUUACAGCUGAGAUGGCAAGAGUCUUGUCCGAUAGCAACCAUGUGCCUUUGCAGCGACUAUCUCUUCUGGUCCACAAUGUUUCUGUGAUGCACAAGUCUCUAGACAACAUGCCAACCGAUGAGCAUUGGAAAGACCUGUCACGAAAGAGCCCCAGCCUUCGGGUCUAUAUAAUGGCUUUUGAUAUCAAAAGUGAAGACAUGUUAAAGAUUCUGAAACCCAGUAUACCACUAGAGAGGAUUCAUUUUGACAGCUACAUCACUUGUGUUUCAGGGGCUAUUGUUGAUCUUAUAUCCAGGCAGUAUGACAAGUUCCUCACUCAUUUUAUAUUGAUGAAUGAUGUGAUUGACACAUCUGGUUUUCCAGAUCUGAGUGACAACCGAAAUGAAGAUCCAUUGGUUUUAUUAGCAUGGAGAUGCACGAAGCUCUCUCUUCUGGCAAUCCAUGGUUACACAGUGUGGGCACACAACCUCAUUGCCAUUGCUCGUCUUCGUGGCUCUGAUCUAAAAGUGCUGGAAGUCACAGAAGAAAGCGUUGAUUUUGACCAGGGUGAACUGGCUGACCAGGAUGUGGAUCCAGUGCAUAACCUGAUUGAGCAAGUAUCCCUAGGCCUUGGUCAGCCAUGGCAUGCAGUCUUGGACAUUGAAUCACUCAGUGUCUUCACUGAACCAAAUCGUCACUUUUACAGAGAGAUGCAAAGCUUCAGCGAAGACAUUUAGCUUCUUAAAUGUACAAUUCCUGUGGUUACAUAUGCAAGUAGGAUCCUAUUAUGUUUUUUUUCCGUAGUAUGAAUUAAUCCUUUUGUGCUGUGUUUAAUCAGUAUUAGCUUUAUAGAAUUAUAUAUGUAUAUUCUACUUCUUGAUCAAAGAACGUAGUCGGGUAUUGGUUUAGAAGUUCAAAGUGACAAUGUUUAGGGCUUUCACGGUUAAUGGAAUUGUUAUCAAACCUGACGGUUAUACGGCUGAAAUCACCCAAGGUUGCUGGUUGGCUUUGUUCUCAGGAGUCACUCUAAGAGCCUGGUGGAUAUUUGUGUUCUUAGUGAGUCAGAACUCAGAGCUCAGGAACCAAAACCUAUCUUCAUAGCCUGGUAGAUUUGUAUGCAGUGCACUGCAUCCAUAUAUUCUUAUAGCAUUUCAUUCACUUUGAUUUAAAAUAGAGGGAAAGAUACUAUCCCUAAUGAACUAACAUUAACUGAAAGCCAAGCGUUUAAUGCUCAUUACCUAUUAAUAAUUGAUACCGCCAAUUACAUUCUGACUUUCAUAUAGUACUAAGUUAGAUAUCGCUUAAUCCUUUUUUUUAAGAAAAGCACUUACAUAAACAUGAACAUUCAAAUUGCUAGAUUUUUUAACUAUAUCUGAUACAAUUUUAUUAGUUAAUUACAUUAUACAUUCAAGUUAGCUUUUUUAGUCCAGGUUUCAACUAGUAGAGGAAGAAAGAAACUGCAUUCCAGGGUAAAACCUCCUAAGCUAAAUCAAAGUACAGACUUGUGAACACACAUGCUUGCAAACAAACAUUAGUCGUGAAAUCCCUAGCAACAAGUCACUGGGUUUUUCUCUGUCAGCACGCAUGUCAGCUGCCAAAGAAUAGACUUAAAUGAAGAAGUGCCCACAUGCUGGCAGGGGCCGGCCUACUAUGGCCAGCCAGAUACUGCUAGAUUGUAAUAUUUAAGGUCGAGUUUCGACCUGUGGUACACAGCUGUGCUGUGGCUCAGUCAGCAACCUCAGAACUCUGAAAAAAAAAAAAAAAGAAAAAAAAAACAUGCACCUGUUUCACUGUGAAUAGUGAAUGUAAAGGAAAGAAGGAAAAACUGAAAGCUUAUUCUAUCACAGGUAUGAGCUGCUAUGAUACAUGAAGAACAUUCCAUGAAGUAUGUUUUAAAACCUUGUUAUAUCUGAGAGGCUUUAAAAGCCAACUUAACUGUUUCAGGGCAACCGCGGUACAGACGUGGUCUCUGUGAGACUUCCACCUGACCCCAGUUUUAAGUGGUACGAAUGUUGUGCAUUUAAUGUUAAAGGACAGUCUGCAAUAAUAAAGUAAGUAGCCAACGUGGGUGCCCAGCAGUGCUGAGACCUGGCUGCUCUAGUGUAAGCUUUGGAAACACAAUUUAUGCAACAGAUGUCCAGAUAUGAUUCUAUUUAUGGAAAAAGUUUAUAUGUUUUACAAUGGUUUUACCAUCUUAUAUUAAAUGACCUUUUGACAGGUGUGCACUGUUUUGUCUCCAGUGAGCACAUACCAUGCGGAUUUUAUAUGUACAUCAGUAGUGUGAAUCCACUGGCACAGUGUGUGUAAAUGCCAGAUGUGGUGAGAUUUUAUCUUGUAUAUGUGAGCAGAUAAAAUAACUCCUGACAGAAACUGUAAGGAAACCAGCUGAAUGUUUGACCUGAUGACUGAUGUUGUAUGGUUUAUGUUAAAUGUAUAUUCUUUUAAUCAAUGAAUAAAGCAUUAAAAAGUGA